UGUUGUUUUUCUUCUUCUGUUUCAUGGGGUUUGUAAAAAAAUUACUUUUUUUGAUCAGAAUCGCAUGUUAAAUUAAGUAUUUGAAGCUGUUUUUACCUACUUAUGUGAUGGCUACUGAGCUCAUGUAUUUUGCUGAAAAUGGUUGAAGGGGAGUGUCAGCUUUCCUUUUUGGUAUUUGAAUGGAUUAGAGCAUUGUUCUGCUGCCGAAUUUUAUGACAUAAAAUUGAUUAUAAUUCGAUGGGGGGAGCCUGUUCUAGGAAGAGGAAUCAAUUAAACAAUGAUGAUAAUUUACAAAGAGGCAUUUCUAGAAGAUACAGCAAAAGCGCAAGCUCAAAGUGGUUAGCAACUUCAUUUCCAAGACCUGCUUAUGAACUACAGCGAGGCAGUCAGAAAUAUCCAUCCCUCAUGGAGUUAUGCAUCCAAAAAAUAUGCGAGGACAUAAAUAACUACAAUACGUUUUCUAUGCUUCCAAGGGAUAUUACUCAACAAAUUUUUAACGAAUUGGCAUAUUCUCAACAAUUGAAUGAGCUCCUUCUUGAAGCUUUUCGGGAUUGUGCUCUCCAGGAUCUUCACUUGGGAGGAUGUUCCGGGGUUAAUGAUAGCUGGAUGGCUGUUAUCUCUUCACAAGGGAUGUCUUUACUUUCUGUGGAUCUUUCUGGUUCAGAUGUAACUGAUUCUGGAUUGGCUCAUUUUAAAGACUGUAAAAACCUGCAAGCCUUAAAUUUUAAUUAUUGUGACCAGAUUUCAGACCUCGGACUUGGUAAAAUCAGCGGCCUCACAAACUUGACAAGUUUGAGUUUUAGAAGAAACAAUUCAAUUACAGCACAAGGAAUGAGCGCCUUUGCUAACUUGGUUAACUUGGUGAAAUUGGAUCUGGAGAGGUGUCCUGGCAUUGGUGGCGGACUUGGUCAUCUUAAAGGUUUGAUGAAGCUGGAAUCCCUUAGUAUUAAAUGGUGCAACUGCAUAACAGAUGAUGAUAUGAAGCAUCUCUCUAGUAAUGAGCUCUUUGGGCUGACAAAUUUGAAAGAAUUGCAACUCUCUUGCAGCAAGGUUACAGAUUUGGGCACUUCUUAUUUGAAAGGUUUGCAUAAGCUCAGUUUACUAAAUUUGGAGGGGUGCCCAGUUACCGCUGCAUGCUUAAGUACUCUCUCAGCUCUUGCUUCUCUGUUAUAUCUGAAUCUCAACAGAUGCCAUCUUUCUGAUGAUGGAUGUGAAGGUUUUUCCAAGCUCAAAAAACUUAAGGUAUUAAAUCUGGGCUUCAAUGACAUCUCCAAUGCGUGUUUGGUACACCUAAAGGGUUUGAUUAAUUUGGAGAGCUUGAACUUGGAUUCUUGUACAAUCAAUGAUGAGGGGCUGGCUAAUUUAACAGGCCUUCGGAAAUUGAAAUGCCUAGUGCUGUCAGAUACUGAAGUUGGAAGUGCUGGGCUCCGCCACCUUUCUGAUUUGAUCAAUUUGGAGAGUAUAAAUCUCUCAUUCACUAUGAUAACAGAUGGAGGUAUAAGAAAACUAUCUGGAUUGUCAUCUCUUAGAUCGCUUAAUCUAGACGUUCGACAAAUUACAGAUAGUGGACUUGCAGCCUUGACAAGUUUGACUGGAUUGACCCAUCUGGAUCUCUUUGGAGCUCGUAUUACAGAUUCUGGAACCAAUUAUUUGAGAAAUUUCAAGAAUCUGCAAUCGUUGGAAAUAUGCGGUGGAGGAUUAACUGAUGCUGGCAUCAGGAACAUAAAGGAUCUUUCGUCCCUGUCAUUGCUCAAUCUGUCCCAAAACUGCAACCUAACUGAUAAAUCGUUGGAACUAAUUUCUGGGUUGACAGGACUGGUAUCAUUGAACGUGUCAAAUUCGCGUAUAACCAGUGCGGGAUUACAGCAUCUGAAGCCGCUGAAGAACUUAAAAUCAUUGACCUUAGAGUCGUGCAAGGUCACAGCAAAUGAUAUUAAAAAGCUGCAGUCAACAGACCUCCCUCAAUUAGUGAGCUACCGGCCUGAGUAGCCGAGGAGGCAGUAUGAGAUUUUACGUAAAUAGGUUCCGUUGGCUUGGAUUUUAUAUCAUGGAAAAAAACAUGAAGCUUAAAAAACAUGAUGAUGAAUUGUACAUAUGGGUGGUGAUGGGAUGCUAGCUCUAAACUUGCAUCUUAUGUGAAGCUUUCUUUCAUGUUGAUACAGUUUGAAAGAAAUUGUAUAUAAGCUUCCUCCGCAAGUUGUUUAUUAAAAAAGAACAUUUUGUAUAUACUCUGACAAUAUGUUCACUUGAAUUAUGCAGAUUGUUUGCAAACCAAA